UCUGUAGAAAUCCCGUGUUUGACGCACGGGAAGUUCAACAGUAUAUGGAACUCAUGAGAUAUUUUUUCCCCCAAAAGUUCCAUUUUUAGUUUAAAAAGAAGAAGAUAUAUGUUCCACCCACAUGGCGCCUCUGCAAUCUUCUCUCUCUCUCUUUCCCAACAAAACAGCAGCUCCUCUGCGAAAGUUUUCUCUCGCUCUCUCUUCCCGGUAAAGGCAGCCUCUCGCCCAGUACUAUUCGCGGCCUUGCAACCUCAACAAGUACCUCCAACCAUAUUACAGGCAGUUUCCAUCGCAGAGCCCGCAACCCUCUCGCAACCCUAGUUCCUCUCGCCCCUGCCUUCAAGCCACAAGCCCUAGCAACGCCACCAUCUCUCUCGUAUUUGCAACAACCAGAGCUCAAAGUUUGGACACCUCAGCUCCCAUGGACCCCUUUAAUGGAGUCCGAGGGACACCUCAGCCUCUCUCUGCUGAGACUCUGUCACUUUUCACUGAAGGCGUAGGCUUAGUCCUCUCGAGAUGGACUGCUCUUCAAAUGGCCGUCGAGAAUGAAUGGGGUGGUCGGGCUUCUCUCCAACAUUUGCAGAAAUUGUCGACUGAUCUCGUUUCCUGGUUCUCCCAGUCCAAUGCUCCACUCUACAUUGAUGACUUGGAAAUGAUGCUUGAUGAGAAGAUGCUGCUCUCAUUCAAUUCAGUUUUUGAAGAUGGCAGCAUUGAGGAGGUGGCAGAGCAACUGAUGAUUUUGCAUGAAGAAUGUCUGAAUGGUAAUUUUGAGACAUUAUGUCAAUUGAGGGCUUCUAGCCCUGCAACUCAAGCAGUUUCACAGAGUAGAAAGGUCUCCGAAGAAGAAGGCUCUGAUGAUAGCACAGAUGAUGAACAUGAGCCUGCUUCUGAUAUGGCUUUGGACAUUGAGCCGGAACAAAUGGCUGUCGACCCAGUCAAGAGCAAGAGCUCCUCAAAGGUGGUUCAGCUUUCUAGUAAGGAAAUUGCAGAGGGGUGGGCUCCUGUUACUUCAAGGAGAAACAGGGGAAAGAGAUCAAGCUGAUGCUUAUACUUAUUAAUAGGUACAAGUUUUGCCGUGUAAAAUGUUUAUGGCCAUCUUUUUCCACCUUUAAUUUAUAUGUUGGAUGAGUGGCAUUGUUCGGAAGGAAAUCGUGAACUUUCACUUUCAUCCUUUGCUUGAUUCUCGUCUGUAUGUUUUUUUCAUUUUCUUAUGAUUAUUUAGUGGCAAGGAGUUGUCAUCCCAACCCCAACUUUGUCCCCUCUUUUAUUGGAGAAAUAUAUAAUAAGACAAUUUACCUUUAGUCCAAGGAGGUACAAUC